CAUCGACCCAUCUGAAUAUAGAUAAUGCAACCCAAUCAGUUCACCCUUAUUACAAAGAAAAAAAAAGACUCCAAAAUUUCCCAUUGAUAAGCUUAUUAUUAUUAUAUAUACUCAUGACUUUUUGUUUAACUAUAAAAGAUUAAUGAUGCUAAUAAGCAAAAUCAAGAGUUUGAUAAAGGAAGUCACGUUUGGAGAUUCUCUAUAGUGUUUCGCUGGAUGCGUUGAAACAAUCCUCUUUUAACAGCUCACUUUCGUUUCACAUUCCUAAAUUCCUCUCAAUCUUUCUUUCUUUGCUUACCUUAUUAUAUAAAUCUCUGCUUCUCUCUGACAAUAUAUUACAACACAAAGAAGAUGUCAGCUUCAUCAGAACAGGCAACUUCUGCUCUCAGCGAAGCCAAAGAGUCCGUUACAACCACGGCUGAAUCCGUCCAGGCUUCUCUCACUGAUGCCCAGAAAACCGUUGCAGCCUCGGCUGAAACCGCCGGGACUUCUGUAGCUGACGCUGGGAAAACCGUUGCAGCCGCAGCUGAAACCGUCAAGACCGAGGCUGCAGCUGCACCAGAGAAAGUUUCUGGUGUCUCUACACAGGCAAAGGAUGCAGUGGACAGUGCUCUGUCAAGAGGUAUAGAUGGAGCAAAAUCUUUGCUUCAAACUUUUGAAGAGAAGAGGACCGAGGUUUCCUCCAAGCUCGUCGAAGGUUUUACCAAUGCUGUCAGUGGAGCAUCGAGCAGCACCGUGGCGAGCCGAGACCUUCCCGUAUCUACAGACAAUCAGCCUCUGCUAGCGUCUCGUGAAACGACGCCAUGGUGGAAGAAUUGUUGUGGAGUUGUUGAUCUUUUCAAGAAAGAUACUUAAAAUUUUAAAAGAUCAAUAAAAUGACAAUUUGACGAAUUAUUUCACCAAGAAACAGAGCACUAGAAGAAGAAAGAACCCACCCUUUUGAUUAUUUAUUUGCUUCCAUAUUUAUUUUGAUUUGAGUUUGUGUCUAUCUGUUUUUGUUGUUUGUUUUUUUUUUAUGUUGAUAUCUUGAUUGUUCCCAAAACUUGUGUAAGCACCCCAAAAAAAAACCCAAAUAAAAAGGCAGCUUCUUUGUGAUGA